AUAUAUAUAUAUAUAUAUAUCUUAGAAAAUAUUUUUUCUUAGAUAUAUAUUGGUUCAAUUCAUUUAGAGCUGAUAAAAAAGUCUAUAUGAUGAAUUUGGAAACUGUCCACUUUGGAAAUCAUAUCAUGACUGACAGCAUUGGAAAAGACACAGAAUGAAUUCACUGAAAGCAAACAAACUGAAUUGGUUUCAUUCUGGAAACUAAGACUUGGGCCGUCAGAAUAAAUUCCACGCAAAAAAUGUGCAGGUUUGAAUGUUUUCUGGCAUUGUGUCACCUUCACCUGCUGGAUCAAAUUUAAGAUGGUUAUGGGACAGGGGACAUUCCUCUUGGAAUGUGAAAUAUUUCCGUUGACAGCGUAAACUCUUGUGUUUACACUAGCGUUCAAAAGUUUGGGGUCACCCAGGCAAUUUCAUGUUUUCCAUGAAAACUCACACUUUUAUUCAUGUGCUAACAUAAUUGCACAAGGGUUUUCUAAUCAUCAUUAGCCUUUCAACACCAUUAGCUAACACAAUGUAGCAUUAGAACACAGGAGUGAUGGUUGCUGGAAAUGUUCCUCUGUACCUCUAUGGAGAUAUUCCAUUAAAAAUCAGCUGUUUCCAGCUAGAAUAGUCAUUUUACCACAUUAACAAUGUCUAGACUGUAUUUCCGAUUCAUUUAAUGUUAUCUUCAUUGAAAAAAAAAAAGCUUUUCUUUGAAAAAUAAGGACAUUUCUAAGUGACCCCAAACUUUUGAACAGUAGUGUAUAAACCUACUCUGUAUUCUUAUGGAUGUAUUUGAAUUUAAAAGCAUAUGGGCUGUAAGGUGUGGUUCAUUAAUAAUAGGGAGGCUCUCCAUAGGUGUUGUUAUGACACAUAACAGUAUAGCUGCUGAUGCGAUGACGUGUUAACUUGCAACUGAUGCAUGACUUCAUAGAAUACAAUAGCAGUGGGUGUUUUGACCCGAGCCCCUGUGGGUCUGGGGGCCCCAGAGCAGCUACUGGGUUUGGAUGUUGUUCAGAGAUGGUGAGUAAGGUGAAAGUGACAGCUGGAUACUGGUGUUGCUGAUCUGGCUUCUUAUCAGCAGCUGGAGUAGCAGCAGUACUGCACACCUCAUACAGAUGAUUAACACCUUAAUAUACAUGCACCUUUCCCUUUUAUUUUCCCUUACAUAGCAUUAGGAUUGUUCAAAUUAUCUCAUCCCCAUUAAAUCUACAUUAUAUGAUGAUUACACUGAAAGAAACACUGCAACAACAGCUUUUCAGAGAUUGCAACCAAUUUGUUCUCUGAUAACUGAUUGACAUUUUUGCACCUUUCUUGUGUGUUUUCGAGAAUGAGCCAUCACAUAUUUGUAGAAAUGUUCCAGACAUCUUUAGAACCACUUCAAAUAAAUUUCACCAUUCCAUCUGACACAUUUGGCACCUUUGGAAACUUUAGGUUCUACACUGGAAUUUGGAAUGAUAUUUUUCUCUUUUUUGUGGGUUUGGACAGAACAAAAUACAGUUUUUCACAAUGCCCCAAACCUUUGAUCUAGGUCAAUGUGUGUAAGUGGAGCUGACUCAGUCUGUUUAUCAGUGACUUUAUCACUUACUCAUAGCCUCUUCAGUCUUAAGUUUCCUCUGACUCCUCAUCUCAGGGUUUAGCUCCUCAUCAUGACAUUUUGGAACUGCAAUAAUCUUGACAGUCUAGCAGAUGAUUCAGUUCAUGGUCUGUUUACACCAGGCAGACAUCAGAAAAAUAUUUCCCCUUUUGUUUGUUUUGUUCAGUGUUAUUUCCAUUGAAGCAAAAAAGAAAAUGUUACACAAGCCUUGGAAGCACAUCUGCAGGUUAGAAGAAACUAACAGAACUCUGACUCACUCUCUGUGCUACCUUAAAAGCUACAAACAACACGUUGAAUCAAUAUUUAUGAAAAUCACAGCAGAGCUCUCUCCACUCUGGCAAAAAAAAAUCUGUUAAUGCCUCAAAUAUAAUAUUCAAUAUAAGAAAAAUAUUUUUCUUACAUUUGGGCCAAUCUGGUGAUGGACGGUAGUGGGGCAGGGUGGAAGAAAUUUGUGUCAUUUGUGAGGAUAAUGUCUAGAGACUGUAUGAAUGGUGUGACUAUCGAAAUGUUUAUUUCUAAUGUGUCUAAGUGUGAAUGAGGUAAAUUGUUUUGAUGCAAACCAGCGUUUUGUCAGCGGUGAAUGUGGAAAUGGGGCCAGUGGUCCUUUCUGUUGAAUAAAAUGUAGAAGCUGGUGGACAUGUGUUUAUCACUGGUGGAAUGGAACUAAGUACAUUCACAACAGCACGAAGUUCAGAUGUUUAUACACAUUGUAUGUAUUGACAGUUCAGAGAUACUUUUUGUACUUUUUACUACACUUUUUUUGAUCCCUGAAGGCAAGAAAUUCACAAAUUAACCUUGACAAGGCACAUAUGUGAAGUGAAAACCAUUUCAGGUGACUACCUCAUGAAGCUGAUUGAGAGAAUGCCAACAGUGUGCAAAGCAGUAAUCAAAGCGAAGAGUGGCUAUUUUGAAGUAUGUAAAGUAUAAAACAUAUUUAAAAUUCUUUCCCAAUUGUUUGUUUGCUACAAAAUUCCAUAUAUCUUGCUUCGUAGUUUUGAUGUCUUCAGCCAAACUUUUGACUGGUAGUGUAGAUUGGAGUGAUGAUUACAGGUAAAUAAGUGCAUUCUGUAAACUGGUUAAGCAGGCCAUUAGGUACAUACACAGCAAGCUAAGAAUUUCACUGCAGUGACAUCUUAUUUAUUGCUGCAUGUUAAAAUGACAAAGCCUUUUAAAGUUAUAUGUAAUCAGUACAUUACACGGGUUAAGGCGCAGCAGCUUUAAUACAACAACCAUAUUGCUGCUCACACAGUCCCUGCAUAUAGCUGACAUUUCCUUCUAAAUCUUGCACCAUUGCAAUCUCUGCAAUCCAUUUUUUUUAAUUUAAGGUAUUCUUCACUAUUUGUUCCACCCUUAAGUCUCAUCCAUUAGCUGCUACAUUCUAAACUUCAUUUUAUAAAACAGGUUUUUUUUUUAACGUUCUAAAACAUCUGUUUAAGUGUUUUAAUCUUUUUUUUAUUUCUAUAUUGUUAUUACAGUUAUUUAUUUAUUGUUUUCUGUUUUUACUAUACUUUCUAUUGUUAUGAUCCUGCUCCAGCUUCUGCCCUUCUUUUCCCCUUCUUCCCCAUUUUUUCUCCUUUCUCCCUUGGGUUCUGAUCUGUUUCUGUUUUGUCCUCUCUCUUUGGUUCACUCUGUCUGUCACCUCUCCCUCAUGUCUCUCUCUCUCUCUCUCUCCCUGUUUCUCCUGCCUGCAUUCUGCCAUCAGCUAAUUACUGCAAUGAGUGUCAGCUGCAAUAAUCAGCUCACGCCAUUCACCUGUUCUCCACCUCACCUCCACCUAUUUAAGCUCUGUCCUUUCAUUCACUCCCCGCUGGAUCAUAGUUACCCACAUGCCUUCAUGGACUCUGUUCCCACCUGGACUCUGUUUUAGGACUCUGUUUUCCCCUCCUCUGGAUUUCCCUCACUAGGACUCAGUCUUCUUUCAGAUUCUCACUAGCCCUGCUUAUGUCUCCAGCCAGUAGCUCCAGUCUCGUCUCCGUUCACCCCAGAUUUCCUGAGCCUGCUUCCCUACCCCUUCUGUUCAGUUCCCCCAUUUUGUAAGUACCCCUCCUUUGCUUAGUUUUGUUAGUUCAGUUUUGUGAUCUUCCGUUUUUGUAUUCAUAGUGUGUGUUAGUAGCGGUUUAGCCUUGUUUCCUCCCAGUUCAGUUCUCCAUUUAUGUAUUGUUGUAGUUUUCUGGUUUAAUAAAAGUCUUUCCUAAAUUCACCUGUCUGCGCCUGGGUUCUCCAGCUCCCCUCGUAAUAUCUAUAUGGUAAUUACAAGCCUCCUUGGUUAACAAGCAAUACUUGGCAACUAGACAAUUUAAAAAAAAUAUUGUAAGAACUGAUCUCUCCGCUCCUAUCAAUGUUAUAAUACCUACAUUUGGAAAAACACCAGCAGUAGAACUAAGAAGACACUACUUUCUACAAACAUCAUUACAUUUUAUAACCACAUUAGUGAUUCUGCAACUCCACACCUGCAAACAAUAAAUGAACUAUACAAUGUACCGCUCUGAAGUCUUGACUUUCUGCUUGCUACCGUGUCCCUACUGAGUGUCUGCUAUCCUGAGCAUCAGAUUCAGCUGGUGGUGCACCUUUGCGUUCUCACUCAUCUUUUUGUGCUGCAUGAAAAUCUCGUGUCUUCAUCCUGUUUUUCUUAUUGUUGUUGUUCUCUAACCAAGGAGGCAGGAUGAAGACAAACCUCAUUCUUCUUGUUUCCUCUCAUCUCCAAACAAGUUCAGGAAUGCGGAACAGGAUAGUCUCCCCUACAGGUUGAUGUUUUCUGUUCCAGCAUCUAGAAAUGGAAUCCUCUGUCAGAUGAUAUAAUCUCCUAGCUGUAACAGAUAUGCAGAAUAUGCUCUGUGCAUUAGCAAGAAGCACACUUGUUCUUGGAUUAAGAGUGUCAUACUGACCAAGAUUAGUAGGUCUGACCUUUGAGAUAGGCAGGAAGUAGCAUGUUAUACUCAAGUGUGCAAAAAUGAUCAUCUGGUGUCUAUCUUCUAGAGGUUAACAGAAAAUACUAUAGUUGGGAACUCUGACAAUUUAAGAUUAAUCUGAAAAAAGAUACUAUGUCAGUCUUUCUUUUAUAGUAUUUACAAAGUAUUUGCUGCAAAAUGGUAUGUGCUGGAAGCGUAGAAGCCACGUUGAAAAGCCUGUUGCUUUGUCCACCAUUUUGGAAAAAGGUAAAUAAAACAAUCAAACGACAGCUACCUAUGUAUAAUUACACCUGUCAGGCUUCAGGUCUUGUUUACCUAAACUUAUAAAUUUGCGUUUGCUUUGGUUGGAUUUAAGGCCACUGCCAUGUUCACACUGUGAAUUGAAAAGUCGAGGUCUGAAUAUAGAGAAGGAGUUGUGUUUAUGACAGUGACCACAGGAAGAAGUCUUUGUAUGAGUUGGCCUUUACUUUAAUACUAUAGUCAUGUUUUUGUGUUUAUUUACUGGGGACUUAGAGUGAGAGCAAUGGGAUCAAAACUAACAAAAUCCACUUAAGUAAGGAGUUGGGUUUCUGUGAAUAUGAAACAGGAGAGCUGGGAUGAAUGUCUUUCUGUACUCGAUGAAUUUAGUCACCUCUGUGCAGAAUAGUGCAAUCCUAAGAACAGUUAAGCUACUACACAAAUCUCUCAAACUAGGCCUUUCUUAGAGGACCCAGGAUUGAGGAAACACAAGUUAUAUGGGACUGAUACCUCAGAUGUUACACCUGGAGCCCCUCUCUCAAUGGGGCUCACAUCCCCAAAGGCUCUUAUCACCGCUGGUGCUAAUGGCACAUUCUUGCUGCCAUGAUCAGGGCCUCUGUGCUGUCCUUCAAACCAGUGUUUUCUAGUCCCUGUUAGGAUUACUUGAUAUCUGCCACCUCCUCUAUAUGCUGAUGGUACAAUCCAUUAAGGGACUUAGUCUCCACAAUGUUUCUUCCUUCCCUUCAUCAUUGUCUGCCGUCUGUUUUCAGCUGCCUAAGGUCAGUCUAGGACAGUAGCUGGGACAGUGCAUCACCUUGUCAAAUAUUUCGAGUAAUGGUGACAAUUCAUUGGUUUUUGAUGAAGGUUUUCAGGGAAGCUUUAUUUAGCGUCAAUGUGUUAGUUCCAACUCUACUAGAGUACAGAAAAACAACAUAAAAACAUUUUAAAAUUAAGUUUAUAAAAGCUUUUUAUUGCUUAGUAACAUAAUUAUCAAACAAUGGAGGCAAAACUUUAGAUAAAACCAGAGCCUGUGGGUGUUGCUGUUUCAGUAAAAGAAAUAACCAAACUCUCCUCAUGAACUGGAAUAUAAAGACAUCACCUCUGCUCCUAGUGUAUUUAACAAAGAAUAAGUGAUGAACGUAUGCAGGUGUGAAAUUAGCUAAGCCUGACAUACUUUCCAGGCAGUGGAAUGAAUACCUCAGUUAAACAAAUGAAAGAUGGCACAGAGAAACGGAGUAACCACUAGUAAGUGGUAACAGAGACCGGCAGUGCAGAGGCAAGUUGCUCAUAUUAAAUCACAGCCGCCUAGACUGACCAGUUAAGUACACAUUUAUACUCAGGUGCAGGAAUUACUGCAGUUUAAUAAGAGCAUAGGAAGUGGAAGAGAAACAAGGAUGAAAGCUCAGGAGUGGAGCUGAAGGCCAAUCAGCCAGGAAGAUGGGCAGAAUAACGUAUAAGUACCAGUCCUGGUCAGAAGGCCGCACAAAUCAAUUCCCACACAUGAAACCAGGCCAGAAAGGGUUCACCAUGAGGAAGGAACCACCAGGGGCUGUUAAACAAGCACUCUGGUAUCCAUGUGUGGGGCACUGAGUCAUAGACUUCUCUGUUGUCAGUCCAGAUGAUGCUCAGGUUAAUCUACCUACUCUUAGAGUGUUGUGGGAUUGUUCUGUUGACUACUAGCUGGUGCUUUGACGCUCUGAUCUUGUUUUUCAGUUUGGCUAUAAUGUCUGAGAAGCUUGUAAUUAGAAAGUGUUGAAGUCUUGUGGGUAUCUGUCAUGAUCAGGAUUGUCCUGGCAUGUGCUCGCCAGUCUGGGUGGGUGCCUGCUGGUAGCAAUGCAUUUAUUUGUGCCGCCAUAUGACCAUGGAGUGCUGUUAGCUGCUUCAGUCACUAUGAGGGCAUCAUGUCACAUCCUGGUGCUAUCCAGCUCUACAUGCUCGCGAGUUGUUGUUGGAUGUCUGUCUUUGAGCGUGUCUGUCAACAGCUUGGUCGUAGUGGUGUGUGUCACCUCUUUUCCCCAUUGGACCUUCUAGUAUUGCUCAGCCUCAGCCCUAGGUGGGUCCGUUGUCAUGCAGCUGUUCCCCUGCUGCUGGGAAUACACACUGGAUGGGUCUUUGGAGAACAGCUGCACUGGUAUAUCUCUUCAGUCGAGCCCAGAGCUGAGUCAGUCAGGCAGUCUCUAGAGUCUCGCAUAUGGAUAACUUGUUGUACUUAUUAUCAUCCAAAACUAUCUCUUUUGAGACCCCUUUGCACCUCUAUUAGCAGACUAACGUCCUUCUGGGAAUUGUCGAUCUUGGCUAUCAACACUCUUCCCCAUGGCAGGUGCUCUCUGCAUGAUAUAAUAUCCUGCUGCAUGUUGUCAUAUCCUGUUUUUUUCCGCUACAUUUAUGAAAUAUAGCAACUUUUUCAGUCAGCCAAGCAUACAAAUUGAUUGUUAAGUGAUCGAAGCAGAAACAAAUACAAGGUAGUACAAUACAAAUGGCAACACCAACAGUGUCGCUAUAAUUUGCACGCUGUUAUGUUGUUUUUUUCUUUGUCUCUAUGUAAGUUACAGUUCAAAUUGUCUUAAGACGCUUUACAGAACCUAUAAGUCUGAACACCCAAGAGCAAACCCUACGGCGACAGUGGCAAGAACAAACUCCCUAUUAAUGGGAAGAAACCUUGAGCAGAAUCCGACUCAUAUGGGGGACCCAUCUGCUGCUGGCCGGCUGGUUGAGAGGGACAGAAGAAGGGGAGGGAGUGAUGGAGGGGGAAGGAGAGGGACGGGAGAAGAGGGAGGUAGGGGACAAGGAAACAUGUAACACACACGGGCAUACAUGCAUGAUCCGAGUACCAUAGAUGAUACAUACAAAGUACAAGCCAACAUGGAAACCGAUUCAUAAGUUUACUGUUAUAAUGUAAGGCUCUGGCAUUAAAUAUACUACAUAUAUAGCUGGUAGUACAAUUCAAACAGUGUGUAAGUGAGCAUAUCAGUAUAUUAAGGGCGAUGCAGAGUUGAUUGGUGGAAAUGGGCAGCUGGAAACAGUGGACUGAAGGAAAGACAGCAGCAGCAUCCCACAGUGGACAUGAUGGAGACUAAGCCAGUUGGUGGGAGAACAACCACAGAUCUGAAGCAUCCAGCUCUGGGACCAGGGACACUCAGAGAAUGGACACAGUGAGAAACUGAGUGAAUGCAGUGCAAUAAUGGAAUAUAUAGUAAAUACACAAGUAAAAAGAGAAAGGCUCAGUGCAUCCAGAGAGGUCCCCUAGCACCCUAGGCCUAUAGCAGUAUAAACAGAGGCAUAACUUUUGCCAGCAGCUGUUGCUGGGUGAUCCAAAGAGAUAACCCAGCUCUGCCCCAGGAGUAUCUUCUCCCUGGAGAAUUAGCUACUAAUCUGUUUUUGGCUGUUGUUGUUGAUGUUUCAGUUUUUAGCUUGAAAACUUCUGGCGGACUGUAUUAGUGGAGUUAAUUAGCAGCGCUUGUAAUGUGUCAUGUGAGAAGUUUUCAGACAGAUGUUCCUCCACUGCAGCAGCGGCUGGAGCCCCGACAUGACAGCUGGACCUCAGCCAGCUGACACGUGUGGUGAUUUAAACGUUCCUCUUUUUUCAUUCGGACUUCCAUUGCUGCAUGUGCCGACUUUAUGAACGCGUUCCUAUUUAACCUAGUUGCUCUCUGCAGGUUGCUGUGCGUGCCCGUUAACUCCCGGCGGACUGAGCGGUGCAGACAGUCUGGGUGUGACCGGAGCCGGAGCCAGGCUCCGAGGCAGCGCUCGGUCAGUGCGCACGGUGACUUGAACACGGACGGACGACGGAUAGACGUGCUGCUCUGCGUCCUCGCCGAGAUGGAGAUGUCAGUGACUGCAGGUGGACCGGGGAUGUCUGCUCACCGCCAGCGCUCAGUAAAGAGGAGGAGGUGGGGAGGCCUGAGGCAGCAGUGGAAACUUCUGGGCUUGUUUGAGAUCGAUCAGGAGCAUGAAUUCUACAGCCUGACCUGUAUGAUGAAGGAGGGCUUGGCUGCAGCCAUCCAAAGCACCGUUGACAACGCACCAACAAAUGAACUGUCAGAUGAUGAUUUCACAUUAGAGGUCACACAGAUUCAUAAGGACUUUACAAUGGAGACGUUUGCUGGCCCAGUGUUUGCCAGCCUGCGUGGCUCUUUAGGAAUGACAGAGCAGGAGUAUCAGCAGUCGCUCUGCUCUGAAAACUGCUACCUUCAGUUCAUCAGCAACUCCAAGAGCAAGGCUGACUUCUUCCUGACAAAUGACAAACGCUUCUUUUUGAAGACCCAGAACAAAAGGGAAAUUAAAUUCCUUCUGGCCAACCUGAAGAUCUACAUGGAGCAUCUGAGGAAAUACCCGCAUUCACUGCUCGUCAAGUUCUUAGGUGUUCACAGGAUCCAAAUCCCACGCAGGCGCAAGAAGUACUUCAUUGUGAUGCAAAGUGUGUUUUAUCCAGAUGAUCGAAUCCAUGCCAGGUACGACAUUAAGGGCUGCGAGGUGAGCCGCUGGACAGAGCCUGCACCGGAGGGAAGCCAGAUCAUUGUGGUUCUCAAAGACCUCAACUUUGAAGGCCAGUUCAUUACUCUUGACCAGCAGCGUCCCUGGCUUCUGCGGCAGGUUGAGAUCGACACCCACUUCCUUCGCAGGCUCAAUGUAUUGGACUACAGUCUCCUGCUGGCCCAUCAGCCCUUACACCAUGAUGAGCGCCACCAAGGUCUCUCCUUUGCUACACUCAUCAUGAGAACCAAAAAAUCUGUGAAUCCAGGCUCCAGCCCUGUCCAUGCAAGCGUAGCUGCUGUUCCUGGAGCAGUCCUAGAAGAUGACUCCACCCUACCUUUAUCUGAAACAGACAGCGGUUUAAAGCUGCCACAUGUACGGGGUGCAUCAAGUUGUGGCUCUCUCCAAACAUGCCGAGAGCAUGCUAGGCCAGGCAGUGACACGGCGGAGCUACCAGACUUCAAGACCCAAAACCGACGUCUACUGCCCAACUUAAAGAAUCCUCUACACGUCAUCGAUGGCCCCGAGCAGCGCUACUUCAUUGGCAUUAUUGACAUUUUCACAGUUUACAGUUUUAAGAAGAGGUUGGAGCAUUUGUGGAAGAGGCUUAGGCAUCCCAGCCGAUCCUUCUCCACUGUCAGUCCACAGACUUACUGCCUCAGGCUAUGUCAGUGGGUACAGGACCACACCAAGUAGACCCUGAAGCAGAGGUGGGGAUUUACCACCAACUCUCAGAAAGUCCAGACAACCAAAGUUCACGCACAUGCACAUAUUUAUCUGCAUCUGAUGCAUGGUUCCAAUCCUUUCAUUGUUCCACAAGCUUAAAACGCAAACCUAUAGCUGGCAUUAGGUGUUUGUCAUUUCUGAGCCUACAGUAGACACUUGAACCACAGAAAAAUACUUAAAUUGUAGAGAACCUAGUGUCCAACAUGAUGAGGCAGAUGGUACAUAAACAGCGAUUUCAUUCACUAAAUUUAUUUGCACAUUUUCUUGUAACAGACAUGUACAAGUACUUUCUUUAAAACAGGUAAAUAGAAAUAAAAGAUAAACUAGUGUUUAAACCCAUUUGGUGUCCAAAUUUAAGAAUUCUACUCCAUCUAGUUGCCAUUUUCCACUGGUGCCUCUGUGACUGUUAAUCCUACCUCAAAAAUUACAGAUUCAAAUUCUCCAUUGGGUUGAACUUGUGGCGCAUUGUAACACUUUUUCAGAUUCAAACUGGUAAAUGUGACAGAGCAUAUAGCGUCAGAGGAAUGCUGAGAGUGCAAAAAAUAUUCUAUACAAUUAUAGGAAAAUACUGGCAGCUGUGGUGACUAUAUUUUACAAUGUUACUAUCAUAAUUUAUAUAAACAGUUAAUUACUGAAAAAUUCCCUGCUGCAUUGCACUGUAGAAUGUAAAGUUUACUGUCUAAUACUGUGACUAGACUUUCCAAUAAUACUGUAUUUAUCGUGCCACCACUGUAAUCAACAGUGACUAUACCUGUAGGUGCCUAAAACAGAACAUUUUCUUCUCUUAAAAUGUAUUAACACUGCUAUCAGUUGCAGAGAUAUACCAUAAAUAACAGUGUCUUCAUCUUUGUGAUGCAGAAUGAAUAUCUGCCAACUCUGUAUAGCAUAAAAAAUGCAUAUAGCACUAAAAACACCUCAGACAAUAACGGAUAUAACUCCAGUCAUCAACUAAAAACUUGCAUCAUGAACUGUUGUGCCAACAAUUUUUUUUGUUAAAUUCACUCAGUCAAAUUUUAACCUUAGCUUGCCGUUAAUGGUCAUUAUCACUUUUGACUCCAAAAAAGCAUCCAAUUUUACUUUUUUUUUUUUUUUUUUUUUUUUAGUUUUUUGUAAAAAUACAUUCCUGUUAGCAUAUGGCUAUUAUUUUUUAUUUAUUACACUCAAGUGAAAACAUGCAACUGAAUUUAUUGAGCAUGCAACAAACUUGUUUGCUGACAAUAAAUCACUAUUUUAAUACUCGUUCUUUUUCUAUAAUACUUAAUUUUGCAAGAAAAUAGUUUGAAUGCCUUAUUGUGCACUUGGAAAUUUGACAUAUAUAUUCGAUAAAAGUGCAAUAAACAUUUUUUUCAUUAGUUAACAGAAGAGUAGCUUCGUGAAAAAGAGAGAAAGCUCCUUUCUUUAAAAAAAAUUCUCCUGAUGUACUUUCAUGUAAAGUAUUAAAAAGCUAACAUCACAGAUGCUUCAGAGGCUUUAUGUGCAGAUGUCUGCCUGCAUGUUUUUCAGAAAUUUCUGCAAAUUGAUAAAGUCAAAAACUGGAAUCUCUCAUCUGCAAAAGUAUGCUUUUUAAAAUUAUGCUUUCAUUUUUCAAGAUUUGUGUCGAACAGAGCGUUUGUGAGGUUGCCUGUAGUUUCAUGUUAUUUGAUCCAGCUGAAGGUAGCUUGGGUUAAUAAGCUAAAAUUAACAGUUUAGAAACUCUGAAGCCUCAGUAAAUUCUGUAAAUGAGAUUCCCAUGCAAGCAUUUUGCAUAUAUCAGCAAAACUCACUUCCGUCAUCAAAUAUUAGCGCCGGCGGCAGCAAAUUCCCACCACCAUUCUUUUUUAUGCAAUGCACAGUUUUGCCAGCAGGAGCAAGCCAAAACACCGCCACUCAAACUCUUCUACCCUCCACCCACAGAACCCACUAUGAAGGCUGCUGCACUGUCCACUUUAAGUGACACUGAAACCCAAAUGCCAGUUAGAACGUGUUGUACUAAGACUUAACUGAAAGGUAGCUCACAGAGCAUUAACAUUAACAGCUGAUCUGCAUGCAGUGCUGUGCAGAAGUUUAAGGCAAUAACAGUACAGUGAGAAUGCUUUCAAAAAUAGUGCCACAAAUAGUUUUUAUUUAUCAGUUAACUUCAUACAAAGUGCAAAUUGAUAUUUUAUGUGACCACUUUUGCCUUUUGAACCAUUCCUACCUAGAGGCUAGGCCAUUGUUCUUCUUGUGGCUGAAGAUGGUGUUAUGACUCUGACUGUAGAUUUGGGCUUGUUGUUCUACUGCAGAAUGAAUCUUGGAUAGUAAAUUGCUUCCCUGAUAUAUAUAGUUGAGAAUCUCAACAUCUCACAAAUUCACAAAGGCUUUCUCUUUAGCAAAUCACUCAUUUUAGGACCUUCUAGGGGCCACUGAGCCUGAAAGAGCUGGAUAUACUGUAGAACCGAUGCCAGCGUGGGCAGCAGAGAUUCACAUCACAGAUUUGCAUGUGCCCAAAAAAUCAGAAGACUUGACCUGACCAGAGCUGAGUUUUUUCACGUGUGGGCUUUUUGCUUCCAAACUGUGUUUGAUUUCUAGUGCUGUUUGUCAGGGUUAAAAACGAGUAGAUGUCUUGUAAUGUGUGCAUCAUAUAGUGCUUUUUUAUCCAGUCAGUUACAUAGUGAACAUGACUAGAGUCUAAUCAUUCAAUUUUCCUGUUGCCAAAGGCUUUGGCUGCUAAUUUUUUCCAUAAGUUAGCCAACCCCAGUGGAUGUGGCAACAUACCUCUUCCUGCUUUCUUUCUGUCCAUUGCUACCAAAGGAACACUCUACACUCUGGUAAUGCUAAAAUGAAAGGAAAGCAACAGAUUUAGGUUUUUGUUUGUUUGUUUGUUUGUUUUUCUACCCUGAAGUUGACCUGAGAGUUUCCCCAAUAUACUAUAAACAGUUUGUCUCUGUUCCAGUGUUGUCUAUUACAUCAAUAUUGAUAAAGUAUUUUCUGGGAAGAAAUCUCCAGUUUAGCCACUACUCAUUGCAGUUAUAUCUUGAUUUUAACCUUGUGUGUGUUAAUGAUGCAAUACAAUUAAAAGCAGCCGUAAAGA